CCUCCCUCUAUGUCUCUCCUGAUUCAGCUUAAAUGUCCACAUAAUCUUAUUGGUGCGUGAUCCACGGGGCACUAUGCAAUCUCGCCGUCAUCGUACAUGGUGUGGCGGUAAUCCAGACUGUGAAGAUCCUCAAAUGUUAUGUGAGGACUUGGUGGCAGAUUAUAAAACCGCUGAAGUUUUACUAAAGAAAUAUCCUGCAAGAUUUAGAACUUUAAGAUACGAAGAUUUAUCCUUGGAUCCGUAUGAUAUGGCCCAAGAGGUAUUACAAUUUUAUGGUUUACCAUUUGAUCCAUUGGUCGAAGAAUUCUUAGAUACUCAUACGAAAGUGAAUAUUGGUGGUGUUAGUUCAACAUAUCGUGAUUCGAAAUCGGCACCGUUUCAUUGGAAACAAGAUUUAAAACCAGAAGAUAUUAAAUAUAUACAACAACAUUGCACAAAAGCUAUGGAAUUAUGGGGCUAUCGUAAAAUCGAUAAUUUCACCGAUUAUGCUCGUAAUUUCGAUCCUAUUAUUAUGCCGCCUCCAUUUACGUGAGACUCUUAUGAAAAAAACAAGCAGCAGCCUAGACUGCAGCUGCCAGCAGCAACAACAGC